UGUUUUGUGUUAUUGCACAUCGCCUGCGGACUGCCAUGGCUACGGCGGAGCAGCCGCAGAUCGAGCACAGCCACCUCGCCAUCAGAGGCCUCAACCUCCACGUAGCCCAAGCAGGCACAGGUGAGGUCGGGACGGUGCUGUUCCUGCACGGCUUCCCGGAGAUAUGGUACUCCUGGCGUCACCAGAUGCUGGCCGUGGCCGCCGCCGGGUACCGCGCCGUCGCGCCGGACUGGCGAGGGUACGGGCUAUCCGACCAGCCGCCGGAGCCGGAGGCGGCGUCCUACCAAGACCUGCAGGAUGAUCUCCUCGCCAUCAUGGAUGCGCUCUCCGUCCCCGAGGAACCAGGAAGAGCGGAGGCGGAUUUUGGCCGGUAUGACGUCAAGCGAGUCGUGCGCACCAUCUACAUUCUCUUCUCUAGAAGCGAGAUCCCGGUAGCAAACGAGGAUCAAGAAAUCAUGGAUCUCGCGGACCUGUCGACUCCUCUUCCAGAGUGGUUCACCGAGGAGGAUCUUGGUGUCUACGCGUCCCUGUACGAGAAAUCCGGUUUCAGGUACCCAAUGGAGAUGCCAUAUAGGUCUCUCCAUAAGAGGCAACGAAUCGAGGAUCCCAAGUUCCAAGUCCCGGUGUUUGUCGCCAUGGGGGAGAAAGAUUAUGUCUUGAAGUUUCCUGGGAUCGAGGCCGUCUUGAAAGAUGGCGUCAUGGCAAAGUUCGCGCCAGACCUGAAGGUCACAUACAUCCCUGACGGAAGCCAUUUCGUGCAGGAGCAGUUCCCCGACAUGGUCAAUGAGCUCCUCCUUAGCUUCCUGAAGGACCAUCCUGUGGCUUGACAGAUGAUCUGUGCUUCACUUGAAGUUGAUCUCAGAAGCAUCAUAUACAGUCCGUGAUGUUAUGAAAUUAUUAUAUGAGCUUUCACCGAAGGAUAUGUGAUGGCUGCUAAUGCUUUUCUAGUGAA